AUGCUGCAGCAGCUGCAGGUCUUCUUUGGCACCUUGGCAGCGCAGGCACCUGAUGCGGCGACGCUACAAGAUGUGGCGGAGGAAGAAGACCUGGAUCUGGAUGACGAGGUUCUGGACUAUUGGCAAGGCUACGUGCAGAAGAGCCGUUGUGCCAUGAAACCAAUCUGGAAAGGUUUGACCUUCCAAUCCUCGGCAUCGGAUGCGGAGGCCAUCCGUCCGGUCUUCAGACCUGGCGAAGAUGGGCUGCACGUCGUGAGCAUCCACGGGGCGGAGGGGCGCGUGCUGAGCUGCGCGGUGGUGGGGCCCGAAACAAGGCUAGAGAUGGAUCAGUUGACCUGUGCGGAGCUGGAGCCUGCUGAGAUCCUCGACAUCACCAUCCGACGGCGGCCCAACUGCCAGUCGCGCUACGAAGACUUUCACUACAAGGAGGCGAGCGUCCUAGAGACCGUGGUACGUGAGGCUCGGGCAGGCGACGUGACCAGUGUCCAUGCGGCCAUUGAGAAUGUGGGGCUCAAAGAGGUGUGGCUGAAGAUUGCCGGGGGUGAGAAGGCCUGUGUCAUCGACAAUGUCAUUGCGAAGCAACGGCCAAAGCUGAUCUUGGAGUUUGGCACCUAUGUCGGCUAUACGUCCACGCGCAUGGCUUUGCAAGUGGACGCCUGGGGUGGCAAGGUGGUGACCAUGGAGAUGGAUCCGGUGAACGUGACCUCGUUGAAGGAGGUGGAGGCCCGGAACCACAUCGAGAUGGCUGGCUUGUCUCACGCCGUGAUGGUCCAAUUGGGCCACUCCGACGACGCGGUGCAGAUGGUCUUGGAGAAGUUCGGCGCGCACUCGGUGGACAUGGUGUUCAUGGAUCAACGUGGCACUGCCUUUCAUGACGAUCUCAAGACUUUGGAACGCUUAAAUUUGAUGGCCGAGAAUGCCGUGGUCAUCGCGGACAACGUCUUGAAGCCCGGCGCCCCUUACCACGUUUGGCGGAUAUCCACUUUGCCGCACUACGCCACCGACAUCAUUGAUUUGAGGGAGUUUGGAUCCGCCCCUGUGGAGGACUGGAUGACGGUGAGCUGGGUCCGCUUUGGGCCCAGCUAUGGUCAACUGCCCCAGGAGGUGCGACAGCUCAAUGAGCUGGCCAGGGAGUCGGACCGCUUCAGGCUCAAGGCCAUGGCGACCUCCAUGAAGGACUUGGUGGGGGAUCCAUUGGAUGACUUCGCCAAGAAGUUCACGGAUGAGUUCAUCCAGCUGGGCAUCCGGACCUCCAUGUAUGUCCGCACAGACAUCAUCGACGGCUGCGCCGUGUCCCGGUUGGUGCGCCUGGGUGCCGGAGAAAGCCCCCCCCGUCUGGGCCGGAGAGGACCCACGGGACGAGAUUCAGGGUGGACAAUGGCGUGGUGUGGUGGGAGGGGUGCAGUUUGCUGGCGAAGCACUUGCACCAGGCGGAGGCUACAUGCGUUCCUUGGCGCCACAGUUGUUGAUCAGACAUUUGGUACAGGAAGCUGGAAACAUCAAUUCAAGGCAACAUGCUCAAUGGCCAUACAGUGGUGGAUCCACCCCACCCAGUGUAUGAGUGAUAGGGGGGCGGGAUCAUCCUCAUUUUCCAGGAUUUUCAGAUCAGAAUAG